AGGAGUUAAGAUUUUCGCGUCAGUGUUACCGAGUCUCGCGAAGUGCGUACGCGCCGGUCAGAAUGGCGCGCAAUAUUUUAUUCGUUUUUUGUGUUUGUUUUUGUGUUCAAUAUGUUUUUUGUCAGUUUGGUUUCUUCCCCAAUGAACGCCAUCAGCAGCAGUCGUUUUUCCAACAAUUCCCAACCCCGAGGAGAAUCAACCAACGAUUAAGUUCCUUGCUACAUCUACAACGUGAGACUCCAAGCAGCAACCAAGAACAUAUAUAUCCAUUCAACAAUGGACAAAUUAGUAAUCAAUAUGACGAUUCGUACCGCAGACGUCCAAAUCGAGUUAGAUUCCCUAAUCAAUAUACCGAAGUACCACAAGACUAUGUUAACUUUGAUAACGAUAGACCAACAGAGAAUUACCUGAACAAUCAGAAUAAUCCGAACUUUAUACAAACAAAUGAAAAUCAAGCAGAAAACCCCAUAAGAGAUAACAAUAACAAUGCCAAUUCUAAUGGCUUGAGUUUUCAAGAUUUCAUAACUGGCAUGAAUUCUAACAAUCCAACGUUUGGAGAUUCCUUAUCUAACAAUGUUAAGGAAGUAAACAAUGGAAAUUAUGAAGGAGAUUCUAAUGCACAAGUUGAAUUGAAUACAAACAAAACUGAAGUUGAUAAUACACCAGAGCCUGUUAUACCUUCAAGCGAAGCGCCAGUACCUACUGAAGCAGAAUUUGAGGGGAAUACAAAAGCACCAUUUAAUGAUGAAAAUGCUAAACCAGAUGAAGUUGUGAAUGGUGGAGUAAACAUGGUCUCUUUUGGUGAUAGAGCCGGCGAAAUUAGCAGUACACCUCGAGCUAUCUUGACUCCAGUACCACCGUCGCUAAACAGGAAUAACGGAUUUUCCAACUUUAGAGAGAGAUGUACUACAGUGGAAGGAGGCUCCGGGUCUUGCAUCAGCAUAAAAGCGUGCGAACCGUUCGUCAAGUUGUUGCAAACACCUAAAAACAGCAGAGUUGUCGAUAUCUUGAGACGGUCGCAAUGCGGCUUCGAAAAUGACAUCCCCAAGGUGUGCUGUCCUCUCCCUGGCAUUCCAAACACGCCACCAACCGCUCCCCCUACCGCGCCACCAACCACUGCCCCCACCGCUCCCCCCACAGCUCCCCCUCCCGUGACGUCAUCAGAAACCGCAGCAGGGAAGUCAGCGAUGACGUCAGACGUGGCAGCCAUUACUGCUCUACCAGAGCCUCCAGUGUGCGGUGUUAGUAAUGCGUCUUUCAGUCGCGUCGUGAAUGGGAUACCAGCUAAACUUGGUGACUUCCCCUGGAUGGCGUUGCUAGGUUACAGAAGCCGUGGGUCCACCAGUUGGAAAUGUGGGGGAUCCCUCAUCACCUCGCACCAUGUUCUUACGGCUGCUCAUUGCAUACAUAAUCGGGAAAAUGACUUAUACGUAGUGCGUCUAGGCGAGCUAGAUCUAGCUAGAGAGGACGACGGAGCGACACCCGUGGACGUUCUUAUCAAAAGCCUUAUCAAGCAUGAGCUGUACAACCCGCAGGCAUUCACAGAUGAUAUUGGCAUUCUUGUCUUGGAGAAGGAUGUUCCGUUUUCAAGUCUCAUCCGGCCGAUCUGCAUUCCGCAGGACGAGAAACUCCGCGCUCAAACAUAUGAGAAGUACAAUCCUCUCAUAGCUGGCUGGGGAGAUGUGGCUUAUCGGGGUCCCAAAGCCAGCCACUUACAAGUGGCCCAAUUGCCCGUAGUAACCAACACAGCGUGUGCAACUGCGUACAGCAUGUACAAGCAGCAAGUGAUCGACGCGCGCGUGCUGUGCGCCGGCCACAAGGACGGCCGCAUGGAUGCCUGCCAGGGCGACAGCGGCGGCCCGCUCAUGCAGCCUAUCUGGAACCCUCAAACAUACACCACCUUCUUCUUCCAAAUCGGCGUAGUUUCAUACGGGAAGAAGUGCGCAGAGCCUGGUUUCCCGGGCGUGUAUACAAGAGUCACCCACUUCGUGCCCUGGAUACAACAGAACGUUAUUGGAUCAUAAGAAAAAAACGAUGCCUUAUUUAUCAGUCGCUGAUAAUUUAUGUUUAGUUCUUAAUCGUAGUAAGUAGGUAAUUUAAAAUAUAUAGUAGGGGUAAGGAGAAUGGUCUCUAAAGAUAUGCAUUAGGUAGAAUGUAUUACUAUAGCUUUGGCUUUGAAAAGGAAUAAAUUUAAACUUGUAGACGUAGUGAAGUAAUCUGCAUUAAAAAGUAUUACCGUAAAAAACAAAACUUCAAGUAUGUAUUUCUGACACGUUCACAAAUUUGGAUAGAGAAAUUAAAUUCCCUUUGGAAAUUGUUCUUUGCCUCCAACAACGGUAUAUUCAUUAAACGCUUAUUAAUUGAUAUCAAUUUAAAAAGAGACGGUUCUCCUUAACUAUACACAUUAUAAUAAUACUACGGACCAACAUUUCGUAAUCAAAACCUUUAAAAGUUCAGUUCGCAUAUAAAAAGAGACUAUUUGUCGGACAUAAAUGUCUUAAAGUUGGCCCGGUUUUUAUGUAUUACUAUUCACUACACUAACUACUAAGUCACGAUAUUCAUUUUAAUAAAUACUCUUCUAUAUUAUAGCAAUUAGUUAUAUUGAAACCACAAUUAAAACAUUACCAUAUAAAAUACGAACUAAUCAGCAACUCGCGGUUGAUUUGUUCCUUGGUGGGUUACCAAUUAUAUAAUACUAGCUUACCGUCCGCGGCUUCGCCCGCUUUGACUAAAACCUAAUAAAUUAUAUACUUACAAAAACCUUCCUUGAGAACCACUCUAUCUAUUUAAAAAAACUGCAUCAAAAUCCGUUGCGUAGUUUUAAAGAUUUAAGCAUACAAAGGGACAAGGGACAGAGAAAGUGACUUUGUUUUACUAUACGUGACGUUGUUUACUAUCUAGUGAUUUCAACUGAUACUAAAUUUCGAAUCUCAAGUAUGGAUAACAAUGAUGAUGACACAUAUGAAUGAAUAUAAUAUAAAAAUAUGUAAUCGCAACAAAGUUGUUUAUUUUACAUUAUUUAACAAAGUUGUUUAUUUAUAUAUAAUUACACUGCAUUAUGUAUAAUAUGUUUUAGGUAGACGUUUUGGUUUUAUAGCGUUUAUGAUCAUUGUGUGUCACAUAUUUAGUUAAUUAUUAAAGAUAUAUAGAGAUAAUAGUAAUGUAUUUCUUUUAAAACAUAAAUCACACAAAUGUGAAUAGAAAGUUUGAAUUUUAUACGUUUUUAUUGUAUAGAUUUAAGCUCACAAGGUUGUGAUAUUUUUUUAUUUAUAUCAAAUGUUCAAAUAAUAGAUUAAAAUAUUUAUAUACAUAAUAGUAGAGCCCUUUUGUGUAUCAAUGUAUUAUGUAUUUUCAUAUCUUUAGUACUUUGUUAGUUUAUAUACCAAGUAAAAGUUUAUUUAUUAUCUUUUUACUUUGCUCUCUUUAUGUUUAUGUGUAAAAUAAGAGUCUCACUUUCCUUGUGAUUAUACAUAUGUAAGAAUAGAAAAGGUGUUUUUUUUUUAAAUGUAAGUACGAGUAAAUAUAAGUAAAGUUAGUAAGUUACCUAAUGAAAACAGAAGUUUUAAAUUUAAAAGCAAGAAGUGAACUUAUCGAUAUAAUAAACGAUAUUCAUCGUG